GCCGCCCGAGCGCCAGACGCGGAGCUGGGAAAAGGGAGGCAGAGGAGGCGGAGGCGGAGGCAGCGCCAGCGCCGUGCGCCGAGACCGACCGACAGACCGGCGGGGCUGGGCCACGCAGACCCGGCCCAGCGAGUCCCCCCCGCGACCCGAGCCAGGUCCCUGAGAGCCAGAGGCGCCAGAGCAGAUCCCGAAACAGGCUUUCCUCGGCUUCCGACGAGGGCUGGCCUUUUGGAAGGUGCCUUUUUCCACAGCAGGACCAGGCAGGCCACCAUGACCGAGAACUCCACGUCCACCCCUGCGGCCAAGCCCAAGCGGGCUAAGGCCUCCAAGAAGUCCACAGACCACCCCAAGUAUUCAGACAUGAUCGUGGCUGCCAUCCAGGCGGAGAAGAACCGUGCUGGCUCUUCGCGCCAGUCCAUCCAGAAGUACAUCAAGAGCCACUACAAGGUGGGUGAGAACGCCGACUCCCAGAUCAAGUUGUCCAUCAAGCGCUUGGUCACCACUGGGGUCCUCAAGCAGACCAAAGGGGUGGGUGCCUCGGGAUCUUUCCGGCUGGCCAAGAGUGACGAGCCCAAGAGGUCAGUGGCCUUCAAGAAGACGAAGAAGGAAGUCAAGAAGGUGGCCACGCCGAAGAAGGCUGCCAAACCCAAGAAGGCUGCCUCCAAAGCCCCAAGCAAGAAGCCCAAAGCCACCCCAGUCAAGAAGGCCAAGAAGAAGCCGGCUGCCACGCCCAAGAAAGCCAAAAAACCCAAGACUGUCAAAGCCAAGCCAGUCAAGGCAUCCAAGCCUAAGAAGGCCAAACCAGUGAAGCCCAAAGCCAAGUCCAGUGCCAAGAGGGCCGGCAAGAAGAAGUGACAAUGAGGCUUUCCUUGUGGACACUCCUGCCUGUCUCCUAUUUUCUGUAAAUACUUGUCUCUUUUCUUCUCUCUUGAUCCUCAUCUGCAACCCUUUGCCCCUUUUCCCUUCUGACUUUAUAAAGAGACAGAAUUUGUAUUCCUCAGAAAUUGGGGAAUAAUUCAUUUUUCCUUAACCAAUCGUGCAAGGACAGCAACAACAAAUCUCAUCUCUGUAGUGAUGAGAAUGUACUUAUAUUUUGUUUUGUUAAUUUGUUGUUAAUGGGUUUGGGGGAUUUGGGUGGGUUUGUGUGUUUUGUUUAGUUAGAUGGUUGGUUCACUCUGAAGGUAAAGGUGGGGGUGGGGGGAGUGGAGAAUGGGCAAGGCAGCUUCUUGUGGCUAGAUGACAGGGAGCCCGAGAAUUGUAAGGUUUGUAGGAGUACCUGUGAGGCCAUCGAGCUUUCUUUAAGUUGAGCACUGCUUGUGAGUUUCAGAACCUUGGCGGGGAGGAGAGGGGUGGCAGCAGCUGGACAGCAAAGGAGGUGGAAAAAAAGCCCUCUUUAGGCUGAUUUCCACCUCCCAAUGGUGAGCCGUGGGGCGUCCAAAUCCCGUUUACUUCUCACUUCUGUUAGUCUGCCCCAUGACCUCCCUAUUGUCCUGGGGAUGUGGAGGGGGUUGAAGUGACAGCUGGUCCAAGAAACUGUGGCUUCUCUCAGUCAGCUGGAAACUGGUCACAGGGGGUCCCUGGCUUCUGAAAGUCUCCUGUGAAACAGGAGUGGAAACUGGGGGGAAGGGUGGAGAGCCAGUCAGCCCUGUGCCUCAGUGUGCCCUGUUGAAACUUGGGUUUCUCCACACAAUUGGAUUGUAUCCUAGGAAGACCUUUUUCCUUUUCCCAAGAUUUUUGGUUCCUCCUGUAGAGAGGUGGCUUUGCUUGGCAGUCUGGUCCGGCCCUGCCACCACCACUUUUAAAAACCUCCCGACCUCUACUUCUGAGUCUUUUAUAAGUAGUUGUAGAUGGGGGAGGAGGGGCGGGCAGGGAGUGGACAGUAAGACAUACUGCAGUCGACUUUGAAUUGCUAAGUAGUUUUUCAGAGCUAGGUCUGUGUGUACGUGUGUAUAUGUAUAUAUACAUAUCUAGGGCUAGUACUUACGUUUCACACCCGGGAGCUGGGAGAAAAAAACCUGUACAGUCGUCUUUCCCUUUUUUUUUUUUUAAUAGGAAAACGUGCGAUUGCGCAUCUUCCCCAUGUUUAUUUGUAAACACGUGUUAUUUGUGACUGAAAGAAUUUGAUGUCUUUGUAAUUUUCAAACUUUAAAAUAAAAUCGAAAAAAGAAAAGGAAAA